AACGCGUGCAUUCGUUGGUUUCGCACGCCAAAUUCUGUGCAACUCCCCGCCUCAUCGGCCGCAGCUCGCUCCGCAUAAAGUUUUCGUCCGAUCCUCUAUUUUUGACUUUGCCCUCCUUGUGCUCCAAGAAACAGUCCAACGAUCUCUCGCUUCCUUCCGCGACGACGAGACUCCCGACUACCCUCCUCCUCGUCGUGCCCUCUAGGGUUUCUUCUCCUGGCGAUGCCGCUGCCUUCGUCCUCUUCCAUCUGUCGGUCUUGAUCGCGAGGGCGGAUGGGUUCCUCCGCCGCUCCCGACCUCGGGCUACUUGAGGAUUUCGGGCAGCGGGUAGACCUCACCAGGCGCAUUCGCGAGAUCCUGAUUAACUACCCCGAGGGCACCACCGUGCUCAAGGAGCUCAUCCAGAACGCCGACGACGCUGGCGCCACCAAGGUUUGCUUCUGCCUGGACCGCCGCACCCACCGCACCGAUUCCCUACUCUCCCCCAAGCUCGCGCAGUGGCAGGGCCCCGCGCUCCUCGCCUACAAUGACGCCGUCUUCACCGAGGAGGACUUCGCUUCUAUCUCCCGGAUUGGAGGCAGCCAGAAGCAAUCCCAGGCCUGGAAGACAGGACGCUUUGGGAUUGGUUUUAACUCAGUGUACCAUCUGACUGACUUGCCAUCUUUUGUAAGUGACAAAUAUGUUGUUUUAUUUGAUCCCCAAGGAGAAUAUCUUCCAAAUAUCUCAGCUGCAAAUCCUGGAAAGCGUCUCGAUUAUGUCAGUUCUUCAGCCAUAUCAUUGUAUGAAGAUCAAUUUUCACCAUUUUGUGCAUUUGGAUGUGAUAUGAAAAGGCCUUUUCAUGGAACUUUAUUUCGCUUACCUUUGAGGAAUGCAGUUCAAGCAGCUACUAGUAGGCUUUCUCGGCAGGCAUACUUGGAAGAUGAUAUUUCUUUGAUGUUUUCGCAACUCUAUGAGGAAUCUAUUUUUUGUCUUAUUUUUCUUAAAAACAUAGUAACUAUUGAAAUGUAUGAUUGGGAAUCUGAAUUAGUUGAACCAAGAAAGUUACACUCAUGCUCUCUCAGUUCUCUGAAUGAAACUAUAGCUUGGCACCGUAGGGCACUUGCCAGAUUUUCUGACUCUGCCAAUGUAUCUGAUAUGCAAAUAGAUUCAUUUUCUUUGGAUUUUUUGAGUGAGUCAUCUUCUGGGGCAUAUUCAGUAAAAAAGAAUGAUUCUUUUGUCAUAGUACAGGCAAUGGCAUCACCGUCAAGUAGAAUUGGUGCUUUUGCGAUUGAUGCCGCAAAAGAAUAUGAUCUUCAUUUGUUGCCUUGGGCGUCCGUUGCCGCAUGUAUAUCUGAUGACUUGCCUGAGGAUAGCGUUCUUAGACGUGGACAAGCAUUUUGUUCUCUUCCACUGCCAGUGGCUACUGGAUUGUCGUUCCAAGUGAAUGGUUUCUUUGAAGUUUCUUCCAAUCGACGCAGCAUAUGGUAUGGAACUGACAUGGACAGGGCUGGAAAACUUCGCUCUGACUGGAACCAGUUUUUAUUAGAAGAUGUGGUUGCUCCAGCUUUUAAUGAAUUAAUGCUUUGUUUGCGUAAGCUUGUCGGACCAACAAGAUUAUACUAUUCUUUAUGGCCAACUGGUUCAUAUGAGGAGCCUUGGAACAUUUUAAUUGAGACUAUCUAUAGAAUUAUUCAAUCAUCUCCUGUGUUUUAUUCAGAAUUUGUGGGAGGAAGAUGGAUAUCACUGAAUGAAGCUUUUGUUCAUGAUGAGAAAUUCUUCAAAAGUAAAGAGCUUGGUGAGGCUCUUGUUUUGUUGGGGAUGCCUGUUGUUCAUCUUCCUAAUGCGCUCAUGCAGAAGUUGCACAAUGUUUACCAGAACUUUAGUGAACGACUUGUGAAUCCUUUAUCAGUAAGGCGUUUUCUAAAGGAGUGCAUAAGAUUGUCUGCAUUAAGCAGAACUGCUAAAUUAAUUUUAUUAGAUUACUGCAUCGAUGAUUUAGAUGAUUCUGAGGUUAGUAAAUGUGCAAAUGGUCUGGCAUUGCUCCCGUUGGCAAAUGGUGAAUUUGGAUCUAUUUAUGAGGCAUCUGUUGGAUCCUCAUAUUUUGUCUGCAAUGAUCUUGAAUACAAGCUGCUGAGUUUAAUUCCUGAUAGGAUAGUUGACAGGAGUAUUUCUCCUGAUUUAUUUAGUAGAUUGUCUAAGAUUGCUAGUGGCUCCAAGGCAAAUAUUAGAUUUCUUGAUGGCCAGAGUUUUGUGGAGUUAUUUCCAAGGUUAUUCCCUGUAGAUUGGAAAUUUAAAAACAAAGUGUCCUGGGACCCAGAAUUGGGUACUGUAUUUCCGUCAAAAGAUUGGUUUGCACAUUUCUGGCAGUAUCUGCGUGAUCAACCAUAUAGUUUGACAUUAUUAAAUGAAUGGCCCAUAUUGCCAUCAACAACUGGAUACGUCUAUCGUGCUUCCAAGUUUUCGAAGCUGUUGAAUGCAGAGCUGUUAUCGGAUACAAUGAAAGAGAUCCUUACUAAGAUUGGUUGUAAAAUAUUGGAUAAGCAAUAUGCCAUUGAACAUCGGGAAUUGCCACUGUAUGUUUAUGAUGGUGAUGCUCUUGGUGUUCUGAAUUCAAUUUUUGAAUCACUUUCUUCUAACAACUAUCAGCUGCUGCUUCUUUUUCAAACAUUUUCUGUUGAAGAAAAGAAUGAACUCGCUGAAUUUCUUCUAGACCCCAAGUGGUACUAUUCGGGAUGUUUGUCUAAUUCAGACAUACAAAGCUGCAAAAAAUUACCUAUUUUUCGAGUUUACACCGGUGAACAGAUUAUUACUUCGCAAUUUUCUGAUUUAGAGAGCUCAAAGAAAUUCUUACCACCUGUUGGCAUUCCUAAUUACUUAUUGGGUAAUGACUUUAUUCUCUGCAUCUCUGAACGUGAUGAAGAUAUCCUAAUAAGGUUUUUUGGCAUUGAGAGGAUGAAGAAGACAAUAUUUUACAAGCAGAAUAUUUUAGACAGAAUCGAUGAGUUACAAUCUGUUGUUCGUGACACGGUCAUGCUGUUAAUUCUGCAAGAUCUUCCUCAGCUGUGUUCAGAAGAUCCAUCUUUUAAGGAGUCUUUGAAGACACUUAAAUUUGUUGUAACAAUUAAUGGGAGCUUAAAGAGUCCACGAUCCGUUUACGAUCCUCGUGUGGAUGAAUUGUUCGCUCUUCUGGAAGAAUCAGACUGCUUUCCUUUUGGUCCAUAUGGCGAACCUAAUGUUCUGGAUAUGUUGCUUCUUUUGGGCCUUAAGACUUCUGUAUCUUCUGAUACUAUUUUAGAGAGUGCUCAUCAAAUUGAAUCCUUGAUGCAUCAGGAUCAAGUGAAGGCUCAUUCGCGGGGUAAAGUGCUUCUUUCAUAUCUUGAGGUCAAUGCAGUUAAAUGGUUGCAUAAUGUAUCGUCUGAUAAUUUUAGAAAGAUUAAUAUGGUGUUCUCAAAGGUUUCUACAGUGCUAAGGCCCCGUGAUGUAUCUUCAGAAGUUGAUCUUGAAAAAUUUUGGAAUGAGCUUGGAAAGAUUUGCUGGUGCCCUGUCCUUGUUACAACACCACAUCCAGCGUUACCAUGGCCUUCUGUCACAUCUAUGGUGGCACCUCCAAAGGUUGUCAGAUUGCAGGGAGAUAUGUGGCUAGUAUCUGCAAGCACCCGCAUAUUAGAUGGAGAAUGUUCCUCUUCCGCCUUGUCCUCCAGUUUAGGUUGGUCUUCUCCGCCAAGUGGAAGUGUAAUUGCAGCUCAACUGCUUGAGCUUGGGAAAAAUAAUGAGAUUGUCAAGGACCAGAUGCUUCGAAAAGAACUGGCACUGGCGAUGCCAAAGAUAUAUUCCUUGUUGACAAAUUUGAUUGGUUCAGAUGAGAUUGAUAUUGUUAAAGCUAUUUUAGAGGGCUGUAGAUGGAUUUGGGUAGGUGAUGGGUUUGCAACUGCAGAUGAAGUAGUCCUCAAUGGAAAUCUUCAUUUAUCUCCUUAUAUACGCAUUAUUCCUGUUGAUCUAGCAGUAUUCAAAGAAUUGUUCUUGGAGCUUGGUAUCAAGGAAUUUUUAAAUCCAGUAGAUUAUGCCAAUAUUCUCUUUCGAAUCGCUUCAAGAAAAAAGCGCCAUCCACUUGAUGGGCAAGAACUCAGAACAAUAAUGUUGCUGGUUCAACAUUUGGUUGAAGUUCAUUCUCAGGAUUUACAGGUUCAGAUAUAUUUGCCAGAUGUUUCAUGUAGACUGCUUCCUUCCACUGAUUUGGUAUUCAAUGAUGCUCCAUGGCUGCUCGGUUCUGGUGAGAGUCUAUAUGGGGAUACAUCUGCUAUCACUCUUGAUACAAAUAGAGAAGUAUUCAAAUUUGUCCAUGGCAACAUUUCAAAUGAUCUUGCAGAAAAGCUUGGGGUUCGCUCUCUUCGUAGAUUGCUGCUCGCUGAGAGUUCUGAUUCUAUGAACUUAAGUUUGUCAGGGGUUGCUGAGGCUUUUGGUCAGCAUGAAGCUUUAACAACUAGGCUCAAGCACAUUGUUGAAAUGUAUGCAGAUGGACCAGGGAUUCUUUUUGAACUUGUCCAAAAUGCAGAGGAUGCACAUGCUUCUGAAGUAGUUUUUCUUUUGGAUAAGAGCCAGUACGGAACUUCCUCUGUUCUUUCUCCUGAGAUGGCUGAAUGGCAGGGCCCUGCACUUUACUGUUUUAACAACUCCAUUUUUAGUUCAAAAGAUCUUUAUGCAAUCUCUCGCAUUGGUCAAGACAGUAAACUUGAAAAGCCUUUUGCUAUUGGACGGUUUGGGCUUGGCUUUAACUGUGUGUAUCACUUUACUGAUGUCCCUAGUUUUGUUUCUGGAGAGAACAUUGUAAUGUUUGACCCUCAUGCCUGUUACCUACCUGGAAUUUCUCCUUCUCAUCCAGGUCUCAGGAUAAGAUUUGCGGGAAGGAGGAUAUUGGAUCAGUUUCCUGAUCAGUUCAUUCCAUUCUUGCAGUUUGGUUGCAAUUUGCAGGAACCAUUUCCAGGUACCCUUUUUCGGUUUCCUCUAAGGAAUGAGUUGGUUGCUUCUAGAAGCCAAAUAAAGAAAGAAAAAUACACACCUGAGGAUGUCGAAAAGCUCUUCUGUUCUUUUUCUGAAGUGGUAUCUCAAGCAUUAGUCUUUCUUCGAAAUGUUGAAAAGAUCACCAUAUUUGUGAAGGAUGGAACUGAUCAACCAAUGCAGUUAGUUUAUAGUGUUGCUAAGCACAGAACAAGUGGCCUUGUACGGGAACCACAUCCUCAUCAUUCUAUGCUCAGUUUUGUUCAUGGACAUCUCAAAAGUGGAAUGGAUAUGGAUCAAUUCUUGAACAAGCUAACUAAUGUUGAAGAUAAAGACUUGCCUUGGUACUGUCAAAGAGUUGCUAUUGUGGAGCAAAAUCAUAUAGGCCAACAAUUGCACUUUUGGGUAAUAAAUGAAAGUAUAGGUGGUGGGCUUGCUAAGAAGAAAUGUUUAUCUUUGGAUCGUAGAUCACAUAAGUUGAUCCCUUGGGCUUCUGUUGCUGCCUACUUGUGUUCUGUUGACAUAAGAAAUGCAGAGGAACUAAAUGAGAUUUUAAAUCAGCCUCUUUCCAGAGUUUCACAAGUUCGGAAAAACUUUGAGGGACAAGCAUUCUGCUUCCUGCCUUUGCCAAUUAGUACUGGGCUGCCUGUUCAUGUUAAUGCUUAUUUUGAAUUAUCUUCAAACAGAAGGGAUAUAUGGUUUGGCAAUGACAUGGCUGGAGGUGGAAAAGCACGUUCUGAGUGGAACAUCUGUCUCCUUGAAGAUGUUAUUGCUCCUACUCUUGGUCGCUUGAUCAAUGUCCUUGCCCAAGAAAUUGGUCUGUGCAAUCUAUUCUUCUCACAUUGGCCCACUGUUACAGGGGUUCAACCAUGGGCUUCAAUGGUCCGGAAAGUAUAUUUGUCUAUCACUGAUCUUGAUUUACCGGUUCUCUACACCAAGGCCAGAGGAGGGCAAUGGAUCUCGACCAAACAAGCUAUUUUUCCUGAUUUUAAUUUCCCAAAGGCUAUUGAGCUUUCAGAAGCAUUAUCUGAAGCUGGUUUGCCUAUUAUAUCCUUGUCCAAGCCAAUUGUUGAAUUUUUUUUAGAUGCAUGCCCGUCCUUGCAUUUUUUGAAUCCCCACUUACUGAGAACCUUACUUAUUCGACGAAAGCGAGGUUUUAAAAAUAAAGAGACGGUGAUAAUGACUCUAGAAUAUUGCUUAAGUGAUAUUAUAGCAUCAUCAUUUUCUGAGAAGUUGCAAGGGUUGCCCUUAAUUCCCUUGGCAAAUGGAUCAUUCACAACAAUUAGCAGAUGCGGGGAAGGUGACAAGAUAUUUGUUACUAGCCAAAAUGAAUAUGAUCUUCUUAAAGAAUAUAUUCCACAUAUUCUUGUAGAUCGUUCCAUCCCAGCUGAGGUUUUCAAAAAAUUAUAUGAUUUGGGCCUCUCUGGGCAAUAUAAUAUGCAUGUUUUAACGUGCUUUUCCUUUGCUGAACUAUUUCCUAGAAUUCUCCCUAAUGAAUGGCUACAGUCUAAAAAGGUUUCUUGGACUCCUGGAUUCCAAGGCCAGCCUAGUUUAGAAUGGAUAGGAUUGUUAUGGACUUAUUUGAAAGAGUCGUGCUCAGACCUUUCAAUAUUUGCUAAGUGGCCUAUAUUGCCAGUUAGUAAUGGGUGUCUCUUGCAGCUGGUUGAGAAUUCAAAUGUCAUUAGAGAUGAAGGAUGGAGUGAGAACAUGUAUUCGCUGCUGCAAAAAUUAGGAUGUUUCUUUUUGAUAUCAGAUUUGUCAAUUGAUCAUCCACAGUUAAACAAAUAUGUUCUAGAUGCAACAGCAAAUGGUAUACUCAAUGCUGUAGAGGCUAUUGGUUUUCAGCUAUGUAAUAUUGAUGAUCUAUUUAACAAUGCCUCAAUUGCAGAGAAGCAUGAACUUCGAAGUUUCAUUUUCCAAUCUAAGUGGUUUACUGGUAACCACCUGUCUGAUAAGAACCUUGAAACAAUAAAGCUUCUUCCAAUAUUUGAGUGCUACAGGAGUAGAGAACUUGGUAGCUUGGUUAAACCUAUUAAAUGGUUAAAACCUGAAGGCAUACACGAGGAUCUGUUGGAUGCAAAUUUCCUCCAGACUGAAUCUGAGAAAGAGAGGAACAUUUUAAAAGUCUACCUAUCGGUCAGGGAGCCUACAAAGCUCCUGUUUUACAAGGAUCAUGUACUAAACCGAAUUUCUGAGUUCCUUUCUGAGCCCAACAUUAUUUCUUCAAUUCUUCUGAAUGUUAAGAUCUUAACAGAAGAAGAUACAACCAUAAAAGACACAUUAUCUGACAUACCAUUUGUUUUAGCUGCUGACGGAUCCUGGAAACAUCCCUCUAGACUUUAUGAUCCUCGUGUACCUGAGUUGCAGAAUAUGCUCCACAAAGAAAUGUUCUUUCCUUGUGACAAGUUUGUUGAAACUGAAAUACUCGACUCUCUUGUAUGUCUUGGCCUAAAAAGAUCUUUGAGUUUUACAAGUUUAAUUGAUGGUGCUAGGACAGUGUCAAUGUUGCAUGAUUCAGGGAAUAAAGAUGCAUUUGAUUAUGGUAGAAGGCUUCUGGUUUUCUUGAAUUUUCUUGGGGUUCAGCUCUCACAGACUAUCACUGAAAACAGUGUUGGAUGUGAUUCUUUACUUCUAUCCAACAACGACAGUUUAGAUUUUGGGAAUUCACAAAUGGAAAUUCCUGCAGAUGUCCCCUCUAGAUAUAAUCAAGAUUUUCUGAAUAUUUUUUCUAACUUUGUUCAUGACAAAUCUGAAGAUGAAUUUUGGUCAGAGUUGGCUACCAUUCCUUGGUGUCCUGUUUAUGUUGUGCCACCAGUUAAUGGUAUUCCAUGGUUCAUAUCAGAGAAUUUUGUGGCAUCUCCAAAUUGUACUAGGACAAAAUCUCAGAUGUGGGUGGUUUCAUCCAAAAUGCGAAUUCUUGAUGGUGAUUGUCAUUCAUUUUACCUUGAGCAAAAGCUUGGCUGGAAGGAUAAUCCAAGUAUAGAUGUUGUGUGUUCUCAGUUGAUUCAGUUUUCAAGUUCCUAUGAUAAACUAAAACUUCUGCCAGAGAAUGAGCUAUCAAUUGAUGCUGUCUUAGCAAGAGAAAUCCCGUCUAUGUAUUCAUAUUUACAGGAAUUUGUUGGCUCCCAUAAAUUUGAUAUUCUUAAAGAAUACUUGGAUGAUGUUCCUUGGGUUUAUAUAGGCGACAAUUUUGUAUCUCCCAUGGUGCUUGCAUUUGACUCUCCUGUGAAGUACCACCCUUAUCUUUAUGUUGUUCCCUCUGAGUUAUCUAAAUUUAAAUCUUUACUUUCUGGAUUAGGUGUCAAGUUAACUUUUGAUGCAACUGAUUAUGUGCAUGUACUGCAACGCCUGCAACAUGAUGUCAAAGAAGAACCAUUAUCUGCUGAACAGUUAGGGUUUGUUCGUCGUGUUUUGGAAGCUUUUGCUGAUUGUUUUACUGAGAAGCAUGUACCUGAUGUGUUAAUAAACUCACUUCUCAUUCCUGAUUCAUUGGGGAUACUGAUGCCUGCUUUAGCUCUUGUCUACAAUGAUGCAGCAUGGAUGAAGAACAUUUCCCCUGGUGAGAAGCAUCUUGUACAUCCAAGUAUCAAUGAUGAUCUUGCCAAAAUCCUUGGUGUUCAAUCACUACGGAACUUGUCAUUAGUUGAUGAGCAGACAACUAGGGACCUGCCAUGCAUUGAUUAUGCUAGCAUCUGCGAGCUGCUGGCAUUUUAUGGUGAAAGUGACUUUGUACUGUAUGAUCUUUUAGAGUUGGCUGACAAAUGCAAAGCAAAGAAAUUGCACCUGAUAUAUGACAAACGGGAACAUCCUCGACAAUCUUUGCUCCAACAGAAUUUAGGCGACUUCCAGGCUGCUUCUUUGACAGUUGUUUUUGAAGGAACAACAUUAAGCAUGGAAGAAGUAUGCAGUCUGCACCUACCUCCACCAUGGAAAGUUCAAGGCAGUGCUCUUUACUACGGGCUGGGAAUGAUUAGUGGAUACUUCCUCUGUGACCUCAUGACUAUUGUUUCUGGAGGUUAUUUUUACAUUUUUGAUCCUCUUGGCUUGGCUCUAUCUACACACUCAAAUGGUGCCCCUUCUGCAAGAUUAUUUUCUCUAAUAGGUACUGACUUGACUGAGAGAUUUCGUGAUCAAUUCAGUCCAAUGCUUAUAAGCAAGGAAACUUCAGUAUCAUCUUCUAAUUCUGUUGUUAUACGCAUGCCUAUAUCAUCAAAAUGUAAGAGUGCAGAAGAAUCUGAUUGUUUGAAAGUAAAGCAUAUUUUUGACCAGUUUAUGAAACAUGCUUCUUCGGCACUUCUAUACUUAAAGUCGGUUCUUCAGGUGUCCUUAUCAACAUGGGAGGAGGGGAGUUUGCGCCCAGCAUUGAACUAUUCUGUAUCUGUGGAUCCUUCUCCUACAUUUUCGAGGAAUCCAUUUUCAGAAAAGAAAUGGAGAAAGUUUCAGUUAACCAGAUUGUUUAGUGGCUCUAGUGCAGUGACAAAGGUAAAUGUGAUAGAUGUUCAGGUGAUUAAUGGUGAUAGUAUAUCCAUCGACAAAUGGCUUGUUGUGCUUUGUUUGGGAUCUGGACAAACACGAAACAUGGCCCUUGAUAGGAGGUUUCUUGCUUAUGAUUUGACACCUGUUGCUGGAGUUGCAGCUCAUAUAUCACAUGAUGGAAUACCUUUAAGUGCCCAUACAUCUAGCUGCAUAUUGUCUCCUCUUCCCACAUCUGGAACUCUAAGUAUGCCAGUCACUCUGCUUGGAUGUUUUCUUUUAUGUCACGAUGGUGGACGGUAUCUCUUUAGCCGUUGUCAUGAAACAAACAUGUCAGAGCGACAACUUAAAGCUAGUAAUAGUAUAGUUGAAGCUUGGAACAGAGAAUUGAUGUUGUGUGUUCGAGAUGCAUAUGUUGAAUUGGUUUUGGAAUUUCAAAGGCUCAGGAAGGAACCCCUAAAUUCUACAAUUGACCCAAGCAUCACAAGUGACUUGUGCUCUAUUUUGCAGGUUUAUGGUGAUACGAUUUAUAAUUUCUGGCCUAGGUCUAAACAACCAUUUAAUUCUUCUAAGGCACUUGUUGCUGUCAGUGGUAAUUCAUCUAAGAAAACUGAAGCAGAUUGGCAAACUCUAAUUGAUCAAGUUAUAAGGCCUUUUUAUGCUCGCCUUGUUGAUCUUCCUGUUUGGCAACUUUAUGGAGGUAAAACUGUCAAAGUUGAUGAGGGCAUGUUUCUGUCUCAAUCAGGAGGCGGAGAUGAUAGCAGCUUGCCACCAACCAAUGUUUGCAGUUUCAUAAAAGAACAUUAUCCUGUUUUUUCUGUACCCUGGGAACUGGUCAAUGAAAUUCAGGCUGUUGGAGUUAAGAUAAAAGCAAUCAAGCCUAAGAUGGUUCGUGAUCUUCUCAAAUCUUCUUCAUCUGUUUCACUUAGAUCUAUCAAUACCUAUAUCGAUGUGUUGGAAUAUUGCCUAUCUGACAUUCAACUGCAGCCGUCGUUGAAUCUAUUGAUAUCUGAUGGAUCAGCUGAGGGUAACAACUUGCAGAUUGAAAAUUUCACUCCCCCUAACACAUUGGGGCAUAGGCACAAUCAAGGUGCUCCCCAGACUUCUGGUGGUUCAGGUGGUGAUGCACUUGAAAUCAUGUCAUAUUUUGGCAAAGCUUUAUAUGAUUUUGGGCGUGGUGUUGUUGAGGAUAUGGGGAGGGCAGGAAAUACAUUGGGUAGAUCUUCUGCUGUGGGCAUUGGUCCAUAUGCCGAUAGGAUACUCCCUUCUGCAGUUUAUGAACUCAAAGGUACACCUUUUCCAACAGCAACAAAUAAUCUUGUAAGGCUUGGAGUUAAUGAACUUUGGAUAGGGAGUCAAGAGCAGCAAUUGCUUAUGCAACCUUUGGCUUAUAGAUUUAUCCAUGCACAAUGUUUAGAAAGACAUAAUUUAACGGAUAUUCUCUCUGACGAGGAUAUCCAAAGGUUUCUGAAAUUGAGAGGUUUCUCUGCCCACCUACUCUCUAGCAAUCUGAGGUUUGUCUUUAAUGAGCAAUGGGUAAGUCAUGCGAUGAGCAGUAAUAGAACUCCUUGGGUUUCAUGGGAGAAGUAUACUGAAUCACAAGGAGAUGGACCCACUCCCAAAUGGAUCCUACUUUUUUGGAAAACCUUCACGGCCUUAAAAGGAGAACUUUCACUUAUAUCUGAAUGGCCUUUGAUUCCUGCAAUUCUGAAUAAGUCAGUGUUGUAUCGUGUUAAAGAAAUUCACCUUGUUUUUGCACCACCAGUUGCAGAUGUAGAUCUUGGAAAUAGAGCUUCAAACUCCAAUAGUGAAGGGGAGGAUUCAUUGGCUUUGUCUGUGGCUAUUCCACAGCUGGAGCAAAACAAGUAUUAUUCUGCAUUUGAAUUGACAAAGUCAAGGUAUCCAUGGUUGUUUGGUGUACUUAAUAAAUUCAACAUACCCGUAUAUGAUGCCUCCUUCCUUCAUUGUAGUGUACCUGAUAGUAUUUUCCCGGCACCUUCUCAAACUCUUGGCCAAGUAGUUGUUUCAAAGUUGCUUGCUGCUAAAAUAGCUGGACAUUUUUCCAUUCCUGCUGAUUUAUUCAAUGAAGAGCGUGAUAGUCUAUUUAAUAUAUUUGCUCAGGAGGUUAAAUCAUCCAGUGUAUGCCCUUACAGAAGAGAAGAGAUAGAUUUGUUGAGAGAACUCCCCAUAUUUAGAACAGUUCUGGGUACAUAUACUAGGUUGUACAGCCCUGAUCAAUGCAUCCUUUCUCAAUCUGCAUUCUUUCACCCACGAGAUGAACUCUGUCUUUCUAAUACAAUGGAGGCAAAUGCCUUUUUCCAUGCUCUUGGAGUACAUGAGCUAAGAAAUCAAGAUGUCUUAGUGAGAUUUGCUUUGCGAGAAUUUGAGCAGAAAACAUCAGAAGAACAGGAAGAUAUAUUGCUUUACCUUUACACCAACUGGCAAGAACUACAAUUGGAUGCGACUGUAAUCAACUCUUUGAAAGAGACUAACUUUGUACGGAAUGCUGAUGAAAGUUCUUUAAAGUUAUUCAAGCCAAGAGACUUGUUUGAUCCUCAUGAUUGCUUGCUGGCAUCAAUCUUCUCUGGGGAACACAACCAAUUUCCUGGGGAACGGUUCAUUACUGAUGGUUGGCUACGUAUUUUAAAGAAAACUGGGCUUAGAACAUCUUCUCAAGUUGAUACCAUACUGGAAUGUGCAAAAAAAAUAGAGAAACUAGGAAAUGAAAACAUUUCUCACAAGGAAGAUCAAGAUGAUUUUGAGGUUGAUUUCAUAGGUAAUACAAAUGAAGUUUCCUUGGAAAUAUGGACCUUAGCUAUUUCGUUGGUUAAAACAAUAUUUGAAAAUUUUGCAUCCCUCUAUGACAACAACUUCUGUGAAAAUCUUGGUAAGAUUUCAUUUGUACCUGCUGAGAAAGGUUUCCCAAGUAUCAGUGGUAAGAAGGGUGGAAAGAGAGUACUUACAUCAUAUAGUGAAGCUAUCUUGUCAAAAGAUUGGCCGUUGUGUUGGACUAUUGCACCUAUUCUUAGCAUGCAAAAUGUUAUUCCUCCUGAAUAUUCCUGGGGAGCAUUUCGCCUGAGGAGCCCUCCAGUUUUUUCUAAAGUUUUGAAACAUUUGCAGGUUGUUGGAAAAGAGAAUGGGGAAGAUACCCUUGCUCACUGGCCGACAUCAACGAACAUUAUGACAGUAGAAGAUGCCUUUUCAGAUAUCUUGAAGUACAUGGAUAAGAUAUGGGGCACUCUCUCUUCUUCAGAUAUUAUGGAAUUGCAGAAGGUGGCAUUUGUGCCGGUGGCAAAUGGAACUCGCUUGGUUACUGCAAAGUCACUUUUUGUACGUCUGGCAACUAACCUUUCACCAUUUGCAUUUGAACUUCCCAGUCUAUAUCUACCAUAUGUGAGGAUCCUCAAAGAAAUGGGAAUGCAGGAGGCUCUUACUCUUUCAUUUGCUAGAGAGCUUCUUCUAAACAUCCAACAAUCCUGUGGAUAUCAACGCCUUAAUCCCAAUGAACUCCGUGCAGUAAUCACAGUUCUCAAUUUUAUGUGCCUUGAGGUUUCUAAUUCAAUGUCGAAUGAGCUUGAUUGGCUAUCCGAUGCAAUCAUCCCAGAUGAUGGCUGCAGGCUGGUCUUGGCAAGAUCCUGUGUGUAUGUUGAUUUCUAUGGAUCUCAAUUCCUUAGUAAUAUAGAUACUUCCAGGUUAAGAUUUGCUCAUCCAGAGCUAUCAGAGAGUAUCGUUAUGGCCUUGGGUAUCAAUAAAAUAUCUGACGUUGUCAUUGAGGAAUUGGAUGAACCAGAACUACAGAUUAUUAGCCAGAUUCGGGGUGUGACACUUACGAGGGUGAAGGAGAAACUCUUGAGCAAAUCGUUGCAAGAGAUAGUGUCUAUUUUUAUGAGCAACAUAGCCCAUCACUAUCCCACACUUGAAAGCUUAGGCUUUCUCCAAAUAAAGCAUCUAAUGGAACUUAUUGCUGAAAAAUUGCAAUUUGCUGAACAAAUUCACACUCGAUUUCUUUUACUUCCCAAAUGCCUGGAUAUUACACGCCUAACCAAGCAGUCCUCAAUUGCUGAAUGGGAAAAUAGUAUGAAGCAUCAAACUCUCUGCUUCAUUGACAAAUCAAUGGAUCAUAUUUUGAUUGCAGAACCACCAUCCUUUAUGACAGUUUACGAUGUGAUUGCAAUAGUCGUAAGCCAGGUUUUUGGGGCACCAGUAACUUUGCCAUUUGGGCCACUUUUUGCCUGCCCUGAUGAUUCAGAGAAAGCAGUUCUGAGGGCACUAAAAUUAGGUUCUGAACAUGGAAUUGCUAGAAAGGAAAGUAAGACCAAUACUUUAAUGGGAAAAGAAUUAUUAUCUCAGGAUGCUCUUCAAGUGCAGUUCCUUCCACUUCGACCAUUUUACUCAGGAGAAAUAAUUGCUUGGAAGAGUGGAAGAGAAGGGGAAAAACUUAGGUAUGGUAGGGUUCCAGAAGAUGUAAAGCCAUCAGCUGGUCAGGCACUAUACAGACUUACUGUUGAUACUGCCCUCGGAGAGACCCAAGUGCUACUUUCUUCAAAUGUCUUCUCUUUUAGAAGUGUUUCUAUGUUUGACGCUUGUUCCAUGCCAUCAUCAUCUAGUAGGGGUAGUGGAGAGGAUACAAGGAAAAAUAGAAUGCUGCAUGGACGUACAUCCAAGGAUUCUGGGAAUGAGAAAAGAAAAAUCCAGAAUCCAAAAGAGCUCCAGUACGGCAAAGUAUCUGCUAAAGAACUGGUGCAAGCAGUUCAUGACAUGCUUUCAACUGCUGGAAUAAAUAUGGAUGUUGACAAGCAAGCACUUCUCCAAACAACUUUAACUCUGCAAGAACAGCUGAAGGAAUCUCAAGUUGCCCUUUUGGUCGAGCAGGAAAAGGUCGACACUGCAGUGAGAGAAGCUGAUACAGCCAAAGCAGCAUGGUCAUGCCGGGUGUGUUUGAGCGCGGAGGUGAACAUCACUAUUGUCCCCUGUGGGCAUGUUCUAUGUCAAAGAUGCUCUGCUGCGGUUUCUCGGUGCCCAUUUUGCCGUACCCAUGUCUCCAAAACCAUGAAGAUCUUCAGACCAUGACUGGUUCCUGGGGCGUGACACAGAAAUUAGCUCAUCUUAGUAAACACUGAAGGUUUCAGAUGCUAUUUAUUAUUUUUCCCCCAAAGAAAAAUGCUUAUAGAGCUGUUUGUUGGUAGUAAGCUUGCGGUUGCUUUCCUGGGAGAAUCGUCUGCCAGGUGAUCGAGUUAAAAUCCCAUUGUUCUCAUAGUAACAUUUAUUGCCCUGUAAUUAUCUCCUUAAGCAGCGUGUAAAUACAUGCUCAUUUCUAUAUGUUUUGUAUAGUCAAUCAUCAUAAGCUAGGCAUUGAUUGUUGGAUUAUGAUGGAAAUAAAAUUGAUAGUUGUCGAUGCAGCAUUUAGUAA